UGCCAAUCUCUAGGUCCCGCUCUCAAUCACCAGAACGGUCAGCAUCAAGCAGCAGCCGAUUUUCGUCUACCUGCAACCGUCGCGCGUCCACUCGGUACGGGACCAUGCCUCGCCUUGGCUCUAUGUUUCGCCGCCGGCCGCGCGAUAACGAUGAGUCCCCGACACUUCCAACGCACAACGGUCAUUGGAGACGCGGGCGCAGCGGCCGCGAUCGCAUCCAGGUUCAGCCAUAUACUAUGAAGAAACGUCCAACUUUUCUCGAAUGGCUCAAGAUAUCAGCUCUUGACAUUAUCACUCUCAUAGUUAUGGCUAUUCUUUCUUACGUUUUCUUCACUCGCGACGCAGUCGGCCACAGGACUUUUCCAAUCACAUUUUCUCAAACAACUGCCAACUCCCCAAGCACCACCAGCCAAGGAUCUGGCGACAUUGUCUACCCACAAUUCGCACAUCCCUAUCGCCCUCAAAUCAUCUCGUCGGAACAAGCCGGCGUGAUGGCAAUCGCCACGCCGAUCAUUGUCUUUCUGCUGGCCCAGAUCCGCAUUCGAUAUUUCUGGGACCUCAACAAUAGCGUUUUCGGUGUUCUCUACGCUGUCGUCGGAGGGACUCUGUUUCAAGUCAUCAUAAAAUGGUUGAUAGGUGGUCUUCGCCCUAAUUUCCUUGAUGUCUGCAAGCCGGACAUAUCGAGAGCCAGCAGGCCUGGUGGGAACUCGACUGGACUAGAGGGGACUGGCUUCGGCGGAAUCAUGUACACCUUUGAGAUUUGCUCCGUCAUGGACGACGAGGAGAAGCGAAGAGGUGUUUUUAAUGCUCUGCAAUCCUUCCCAUCGGGCCAUACCACGACAUCCUUUGCCGGUUUUAUAUUCCUCUAUCUGUAUCUGAACGCCAAACUAAAGGUCUUUUCCAACUAUCACCCUUCAUUCUGGAAACUGGCCCUAACAUAUGCGCCUGUCCUGUGCGCGACUCUCAUCGGCGGCUCCCUCACCGUCGACCAAAGUCACAACUGGUACGACGUUGUAGCGGGUGCUAUCAUCGGCACGGUGUUUGCCUUUUCGGCAUACCGAACCGUGUACGCUGCUGUUUGGGACUGGCGCAUUAAUCACAUCCCCCUCCACCGGGAGGAACCGCUCAUCCUUGACGAUAAGACCGUGGGUUUAAGGUGGACCAUGACGAGGCGGGCCGGCUGGGGCAAGCCUCCCAAGGCGCCCAGGGGAGGCCUGGAUAAGACUCUGCCUGCGCCGGUCACCGAAGCCAGGAAUAGGUAUUCCAUGUCACCGGGCAGGACGGGAGAAGUAGUGAGUCCCAUGGAGUCAGGUUCGGGUGCGGGUACAGGUGGCGCUGCGACUGGCCCACCCCCAGCUCCGUUCGCCUCCAGACCUCGCAGCGGUUCCGACAUGAGCAUUCCGAGAAAGGCUGUGGGAUCGGGGAACAGUAGACACAGUCGGCAUAUGUCUGGCGACGAUAUGGUCUAACCUCUUUUUGUUUCUACUUUGUUUCUUCUCUUGCUGUUCGCGGCCCGGCCCUUUGCUUUAAAUGUUUAUAUUUCUAUUUUCUCCAACACUGCCAUCCGUUUACCUGACUUGGGAACAUGCUGCUGGGCCGUGAGCUUACUGUACAGUCUGUUCUCCAAUCACGUCUACAAUGAGCCGUGUCGCUUUACGUCGGGAACUUUACACUUGGUUGACAAAACUGACAUGGUGUGGUGGGACAUCCAAUUGAGCCCGGCAUUUUUUCACUAAUAAUACCUAAUUCGUACCAUAUCACAAUCACAAACCUGCUUUUGAGGAGGAAGUAUUCAUUAAUUUGUACAUAAGCUUUUCCUCAGAAAGGUCGUGCUGCUCAAACGGCGGGUAACAUUCUGUG